GACUACUGAAGGACAUCCAGAACAUCAGCUUUCAUUUGAAAAUUCUACAGAAGCUAUGUUUUUAUCACAAAUGGAUUAUCCUAAAGAAGUUGCAGUACAAGUUCCUUCACUGUCGGAAGUGAGUAGGAGACAUGAAAAUGAUGUGUUCAUUUCUCAGUAUGCUGCUGGCCAGAAAGAGGCUUUGCGAGUGGCAUUAAAACAAAAAACCCAAAAUAAUCCUGGACUUAAGGAGGUGAAGGUACAGCUCUUAGGAAAAUCCCCCACAGAAAAACAGGAAAGUGUUGGUCAAAACACUGGCUCAGCGAACAGGGAAGUUGAUUCCACUACAACCAUUGCAGCAGCAACUGCAGCUGCCAUUGCUACUACGGCUCCACUUUUUAAAGUUCAAAAUGAUUUGGAAGCCAAAGUUAGCACAGUUUCAGCAUUAAUUGAUAAACUACAGGAGACAGAUAAACAGCUACAACGUGUGGCUGAACAGCAAACAAAUAUGAAAACUCAAAAUGAGAAGCUGCACUGUCAUGAGCGAGUCAGCGAGCUUGAAAAACAAAUGAAUUCUUUCCUUGCACAGAGGAUCGAGCAUUUGGAAAAGUUACAGCAGCAACAAAUGAAUAUUCAGUCUCAUCUCAUUAGCUCUGCAGUCAGCAGGAGUGGCUUACAGCAGCUUCACGUGCCUUCUUCCAGUCUCAUAACAAAACAAUUUGAGAAGCCAGAACAGCAUUUGCUUCAUCAGCCCGUACCUUCGUGUCAGAUGGAUUCAUUUCCUGCUGGUGGUCCACCUGCCCAAGCAUAUUCAAGUGAAUUUCAAAACUAUGGGCUUCAUACACAGAAGUCUCCCCUAAAGACACCAGUUCCUCGGAGGUGUGCCCCAGAACCUGUAUCAAAAAAUGUGAAAAUUUCCAAGAGAGAAAACCCUAUAAUGGAAAAGGAAAAUAUUCCCAAACCCACAUAUGACGGUGGCGGAAAACUUCUUGAGCAUAUUUUGAAUUCUCAAGAAACUCCACUGAGGCAAAUUGAGUCUUCUGAGAAUGCAACAUCAAACAACAAUAAAAUGAAUUGGCAUUCCAAGACAGACAGACCUACUGCUUUGCAUACAGACUCAUUCCCUGCUUUUGAAAACUCCUUCCRAAAUUCCAAUUCUAUUGAGAAAACAGUGAAAAAAGCAGAUGACCUACUUCAAGAUCUUGGCCAACUGAGAAGAGAAAUGCACAACAUGCUGCAGGAAGCAAAUUCAUGGAAGUUGGACAUGGACAAUCUUAUUAAGUCCAAAAAACCUACUGUUGCACCUGAUCUUUCCGAACAUCAACUCCUUAAACCAUCCAUCCUUCAUAAAGUUAAAGCACCAAAGUCUAUGCUGCAAGAUGCUGAGAGGAUUUUGAGAGGAGUUCAGAACAACAAAAAAGUCCUUGAGGAGAACUUGGAAGCCAUUAUUCGUGCAAAAGACGGGGAUGCCAUGUAUACUCUUAUUAAUGCCUUGACUACAAACAGUGAUAUGUUAGAGGAGGUUCGUAUCAGAAAGACUGUGGAUGAGUGGAUUAAGGCAAUCAGCCUAGAAAUCCAGACCGAAUUGGCAAGAAAUGAUUCUGAACAAGUGAAAUGUGAUCAAAAGGCUCCACGGAUCAAGAGAACCCAGCACACCAAGGCUAUGAAGGACAAUAAAGAAAUUAAAGCAAAAACUCAAAAAAUCCAAGGUUUCUCAACACAGAAGUCUUCAUCUGCAACUAGGCCACUGAAAGCAGAAGAUAACAUAAGAAAACAGACAUUAAGAACUUAUUCUGAACACUUGCAAAAGAAAGAAAAAAAGGCAGAGGGCCUUAUGAAUGGAAGUGCAGUGGAACAAGAUGAGGAGUAUUUGUGCCAAGUUUAUGGGAAACCAGUUUACCAGGGCCAUCGUAGUACGCUUAAAAAAGCACCGUAUCUGAGAUUCAACUCUCCUUCUCCCAAGUCUAAACCUCCAAGACCUAAAGUGAUAGAACGUGUUAGAGGUACAAAGGUAAAGUCAGCAAGAACACAAACAUGUUCUCACACAGAGAAGGUGAUAACCAGCCCUAAGAAGCAGCAUCCUUUACCUGCACCUGCCCAAGAGAAGCAGUAUCUCUUCAGUCCAAGUAAAGACCUGCCUGCUGACUGCGGACCACUGGAGGGACACCUGAUUCCUAUGGCUAUUCCCCUAGGUCAAACGCAGAUAAGCGAUGUUUCACUGCAGCCUGCUGGAGUAGUUAUAGGCAAACCACACCCUGUCACAGUAACAACCUCUCUGCCUCCAGCGCCCCCAAAACCAUCAAUUUCGACAAAAAAAGCAAACAUAGCUGUAAUAAAGAUGAGAUCAGAGAAAAAGGACCCACCACAACUCUCUGUACAAGUGUUACCAAAUGUUGAUAUUGACAGUAUUUCAAGUGGCAGUUUGAGUGUAAACCAUGAACUUUCAGGCUCAGAAACAGCAUUUCCUCCUGUCCAUGCAGUAAUACAGACUCCAGAAGAUAYACAAAAUGAGCAAGAAGACAUAAAGUAUCCAGGAACUAAUUUCAUUGAUGUUACUGAUAUCAUGCAGGAUCAGGAAGAAGAGAGUGAUGAAAUUCCAGAAUUCUGUGAGCCUCUCCUGGAGCUUAAUGGACAAUUUAGAGUUGCCUCUCCAAAAUACAAUGGUCCUUUAUAUCCUCCAGUGGCUUCUGCUCCUCAGCAGUCUUCUGAUGUUUUGGAUGAACUCAUUGAGAGGAGAGAAACUGUAGAAAACAGGUUGAUACAUUGGGUGGAACAAGAGAUAAUGGCAAAAAUUAUCAGUGGGAUGUAUCCGGUUCAGAAAGAAGUAGUGCCCAGCAUAAGCACAUCAGAAAGUGAAGACAAUGAGACUGUAACCUCUGAUAUUGUUGAAGUUGCAGGUGGAGGAGGAUUGCAGCUCUUUGUGGAUGCUGGUGUGCCAGUGAACUCGGAAGUGAUUAGCCAGCUCGUGAAUGAAGCUCUCAGUGAGACAAUUGCCACCGUGCUGGGUAACAGGCAGGCAGCUCCUGCUGCAACUGCUGCCCCGAGUACUGCAGUUGUGCUGGAACCUCUUCUGCCUACUCCAUUGCCAACACCCCAGGCUACACCACCUCCAACACCACCCUCAGAAAAAGAGCUGCCUCCGGUCAAAACUCCAGAGUCUUCUCCAUCUGCUACCGAAAUGAGCAGUGAUGUUCAGGAAGGAGAGAAAAUGAAAGAAACAGGCACAGGACUUGAGAAUCCAGAUGCCACUAGCCAUGUUGGCACACCCGUGGUCACCCCUGCCAGUACCCCCCCSAGAAUAACUACACCAAGUCCUCCAGCCUCAGAAGGAAUCUCUGCAAAAAUGGACAGUCCAAAGCUUCCAAACCCAUGGGAUGAUGCAGAGCUCCCUCUGGAAGAAGAGAAACCCAGUCCCUUACAUGAAGAACCAUUCCAUCCCAGAGCUGUUGUAAUGUCAGUGGCUAACGAUGAGGAACCAGAGGCCUUGAUUCUACCAUCUCGGCAGUCAUCAGCGAAGCCCCCUGAAUCACUCCCUUGUGAACCACAGGCUCCAUCCCCAGUGUCUACAGUUAGUUCUGGGCAGUCCACGGAGGAAAGCAGCCUUGGCCUCACCGAAACAGAAACUGCAGAUAGGCCCAUCUCAGAGGGGGAAGUUCUCUUCAGCUAUGGACAGAUGGUGGCUGCAAGAGCCUUAGCAGCAGGAGGACUGUCUCUUCCAGCUCUUACUGAGAGCUUAACCAGUACAUUAGGAGAUGCCAAUGAAAUGGAUUUUGAUCCUCCCAGUGAAGGGCAAGUAGUGAAAAGACCCCAUAAGGGCUAUCACAGGGAUCCUGUUCUGACUCUCUUUGCCAAACUAAAUCAGGCCCCUGUUGCUGCACAAGAAGGAAUGUGCCAUUUGGAGGAUUCUGAUGAUAGCAUUGGGGAGAUCAGCGAAGGUCAAAGACCUCCAUUGACAAGAGCAGAAGAAAAUAUCCUAAUGGGACGUUCAGUUUAUUCCGAACGUCCACCUCCUUGGACUUCUGAGAGUGGAAACCAGGGUUUCCGUGCUCCCUCACCAGGACAGUUUGCCCAAAGUGCAGCAGAAAUCCUUGGAGAUGCAGAUUCGAGUCAUGGUCCAAUGCUUAUGGCUGAACUGGAAUCACAGCCAGGCUCAAGUGCUGCUGUGCAGGCACCCCAAGUAAGCUGCAGAGUGACAUCUCUCUCCAAAGAGCUCUCACAGGAAGGAGCUGCAGAAGUUGAACCUGUGAGACCCCGAGUUAUUCAUGUGAGAGCUAAGUGUGAAGAGAUACAACAAGAAGAUAUCCAUGGAGAUACAGAUCAGCUGCACGUUGGCACAAAUAUGCAUCUCACAUCUCUUACAGACGUGGUUACAGACUAAGCUUAUGGGAGUUCUUUUGGAAAAACAAAGCACA